AUGAAGUGGUUUAUUUCAUACUUGAAUGCUGCUUAUAAGAAGCGUGUUCCUAAAGGACAAUGGGAGAAAAAGCCAUAUAAUCCUGUUCUCGGUGAGCAAUGGUUUAUGAAAUGGGCCGACACGAAUGGUUGUGGUGAAACAGAUGUUUUAUGCGAACAGGUCUCUCAUCAUCCCCCUGUGACGGGGUUUUAUAUUAAAAAUGAUAAAGCCGGUGUUGUCUUGAAUGGUCACUCGGGUCAAAAGACUCGUAUCUCAAAUGCCACUUUAGUCUGUGAUCAAACAGGUCGUGAAAUACUUCGAUUAAAGAAGAGAAAUAAUGAAUCUUAUUUGUUUACAAGUCCGUCCUUAACUGUCCGUGGUAUAUGGUAUGCAGCUCCUUAUGUUGAAUUGAUCGGUACAACUUAUAUUCAAGCAUCUACAGGGUAUUAUGCUUCUGUUGAAUACUCUUCUCGAGGCUGGAUCUCUGGUGAAAAAAAUCAUUUCAAAUGCCUUAUUCGUAAGAAUUCGGAUGGACCGAAAGAAUACCUUUACAAGAUUGAAGGACAAUGGAGCGGGAAAUCAAUGAUUACGAACUACAAGACAAAGGUAUCAAAACCAUUUUUAGAUGUCAAUACAUUUAAAUCUGCUACUGCUAUCGUUCAACCUAUUGAAAAGAUGGGUGAAAUGGAAUCUAGACGUAUCUGGCAAAAGGUCUCAGAGGCUAUUCGUGCCAAUGAUACUCUUUUGGCUGGAAAAGAAAAGAGCAUCAUUGAAAAUAAGAAGCGUGCCGAAAAGAAGGAACGUGAUGAAUCAGGCAUUAAAUGGGAACCUGUCUAUUUUAAUUGGGUAGAGGAUGAGCCUACAGUGACAAAAUUACAAAAAAUGUUGAGUCAAGUUGUUAAAUAUAAAGGUGAAUUACAUCAAUAUGGUAAUUGGGUAUUUAAAGAAGAAAUGAAAAAGAAAUAA